AUGGGCUCAGUCCCAAAAAAUAAACCCCUCCGCAUUGGAGUUGACGUUGGUGGUACAAACACAGACGGCGUGAUCCUCGACCCCUUGCGAGCCACGGAGCCUGAUAAGGGAAUCAUUGCCUGGCACAAGGCGCCAACGACGCCAAAUCCCAGUGUCGGCAUUAAUGAUGCCAUCGUGGCCAUGCUCAAGAACGCCGACGUGGAUCCGAACACGAUAGCAAGCAUCACGAUCGGCACAACACAUUUUGUGAAUGCCGUCGUCGAGCGUGACGCGGCUCGCCUGUCCAAGGUCGCCGUCCUCCGUCUAUGUGGCCCUUUUUCACAACACGCGUUACCGUGUGUUGACUGGCCCGCGGAUUUGCGCGGCAUGGUUCUCGGGCACUAUGCCUUGCUCAAGGGUGGGCUGGAGGUCGACGGACACCUCAUCUCAGAUAUUGAUGAGAUACAGAUCAGAAAUGAGUGUCGAAUGAUUCGUGAGAAAGGCAUCAAGAGUAUCGUCGUUAACGGUAUCUUCAGCCCUAUUGAUACGGUAGAGCGACAGGAAGAACGCGCAGCAGAGCUCGUGAAGGCUGAAAUCCCAGGGUGCGACGUUGUUUGCUCGAAAGAGGUCGCCAAUCUGGGUUUUCUUGAGCGCGAAAAUGCUGCUAUUCUCAAUGCGUCAAUACUCGCCUUUGCACGGAAAACCAUUCGCUCGUUUCAGGAACCCAUCAAACGGUUGGGCCUCCAGUGCCCCGUGUUCAUCGCACAGAACGAUGGCACGAUAUUGUCAGGGAAGAUGGCAGCCAAGCUCCCAAUCCGGGCCUUCUCUAGCGGUCCAACAAACAGCAUGCGUGGAGCCGCGUAUCUAGUGAAAGACGAAGUCGAUGAAGAGGUUAUGGUAGUCGACAUCGGUGGCACGACCACCGAUGUCGGUUUGUUGCUUGCUACCGGAUUUCCGCGACAGCAGGCUGCAUACAGCGACCUGGGGGGCAUCCGGAUGAAUUUUUCAUGUCCCGAUGUAAAGAGUAUUGGUGUAGGUGGUGGAUCAAUCAUCCGAGACGGCGAGGCAUGCACAAUUGGGCCCGAUAGUGUCGGCUACAACAUCACGAAGGACGCUCUCGUAUUCGGUGGGACUAUUUUAACUGCUACUGACUGCGCUGUAUUAUCAGAUAAAAAUCUAGAGAUCGGUAAGAGAGAGCUAGCGAAGGGGGCAAUCAACGCCGAGGGCCUCAAGAAGUUCAAAUCUGUAAUAAAACACAGGUUAGAGAAACUAAUCGAUACGAUGAAGACGUCUCCUGACAACCUGACUGUCCUCCUUGUUGGUGGCGCCGUCAUCGCGCCGGAUCAACUGAAAGGGGCAAGCAGAGUUCUUAAGCCGAAGUGGUCAGGCGUUGCCAAUGCAAUUGGGGCCGCUAUUACAAGGGUGGGCGUCGUACUUGAUACGGUGGUAUCAACAGAGUCUAAAUCAACGAGUGAGUUGCUCGAAGAGAUUUGCAAGGAUGCUAUCAUGAAAGCCGUCGUGAUAGGCGCCUCGAAAUCGACUGCCAAGAUUGUCGAAAUGGAUACAUUCCCUCUGCCUUACAUUUCUAACAAAUCGCGGUUCAUCGUUCGAGCGGCUGGCAAUUUCGACUACUCGCGAACGGACCUACCAGAUGCCACGAUUGACGACACACCACAAGAAGACCUUGAAAUAGUCAGAUUCGACAGUUUCAAUGACGUCUCUGGCAAAAUUUCAACAACUCGGGAAAAGGUUAUGGAGGAUGUAGAUAUCAACAGCUAUAAGCCAACUGUCCGAAAUCGCACCUGGUACAUCAACGAGACAGACUUGUACUGGAUCUCUAUCGGGUGCUAUAUUCUUGGGACAGGCGGUGGUGGAAGCCCCCAUUCUGCCAUGCUUCAUAUCCGCGAGAUGUUGCGCCGGGGAGAGGUGAUUCGUGUCAUCUGUCCCGCCGACUUACCCGACGAUGCAGUGGUCGGGUGUGGUGGCGCCGCCGGGUCACCAACAGUCGGGAUUGAGAAGCUCGCAGGCGAUGAGAUGGUGCAAGCACAGGAGGCGUUAUUCAGGGCCUGUGGGAAGCGUGCGUCACACAUGAUCGCCGUUGAGAUAGGAGGGCACAACGGCUUGCAGAGCAUGCUUCUCGGUGCUAGCUCUAACCUAGAUAUACCCGCUAUCGAUGGCGACUGGAUGGGUCGCGCGUAUCCAACCAAGUGGCAGACGACCCCAGUUGUGUUUGGAGAACGCUCACCAAUAUUUGCCCCCGUUGCGAUGGCAGAUGGGAAUGGCAAUGUCAUUGUAAUUCCUAGCGCGACGAGUGAUUUUCACGUCGAGCGCAUAUGUCGCGCAGCUCUAAGUGAAAUGGGCUCACAAGUGGGCACAGCAGACGCCCCUAUUUCCGGAGAGGAAUGUAAACGCUGGGUGGUGGAGAAUACUAUCUCACAGUCAUGGCGUAUCGGACGGGCCGUUGUGAGGGCCCGGCGCUCGAACCAAAUAGACCAUGUUGCUGAAACUAUUCUCGCAGAGUGUGGUGGUUCUGAGGGUGGAAAGGUGCUGUGGAAGGGCAAGAUCGUCGGCGUAACCCGGACUUUACGAACAGGUCAUGUCUAUGGGGAAGUAAUGAUAGAGGGUGCAGAUGUGGCCGAUGAAGGCCGGAAUUCGUCAAAUUCUCGGUUCCAAGGCUUCCUAAAAAUACCUUUCAAGAACGAAAAUAUCGCCGCAGUCAAGGUGUCAAGAUCAACAGUUGGUGGGAAGACAUAUGACAAAGAUGAAUAUGUCCUCGGUCUCGUACCAGACCUCAUCACGGUCAUUGAUGCACACAAUGGCGAGGCAAUAGGGACCCCAGAAUAUAGAUACGGACUUCUAGUCAUAGUGUUAGGGAUCACAGCCAGUGAUCACUGGACGUCGGAGAAGGGUAUUGAGAUUGGUGGACCGAAGGGUUUUGGUAUGGAUAAUUUGACUUAUAGGCCACUAGGCAAGUUUGUCAAGCCAGCCAGUGUCAUUGACGAGUUUGAUGUUACUGAGUAG